GUCGAUGAGUUCAUUAACCCUACAGUAAUUGCACACUGGGCUUUUCUGUUGACCUGUCCAAAGGUCCGAUUUUGGGCUGCUGUUGGUGAGUGUGUGCAGACGACAGCAGAGUUUAACAUGGACAUCGGAUCAGUGAAUGAUCUUCCUUACGACGACUUUGUGAAGGUUUUCGGUACUGUGGUGGAGAAAUCUCCAAUCAUACCGGCCCGCGGUAUGGUCCCGCGCCCUUUGCUGAUCUGGAGGCCAGUAUAAACUAUUUCAUCUCGCGCAUGGCCCGGCUCAAUACGGAAUACAAGGACCAUUUGGGUUCCCCUUCGUGAUAUGCACACGGAUUAACAACAAGACGACCAUCGCUAGAGGAGGACUCCGGGAACGGGUGCCAUCGAUGAAGUGAAGAAGAUCUGUCAUGUCCGUUUACAGGGUGAUGUCUGAUUGGCCACUGGGGGGUGGCUGUCCUCUCGGUCACCAGCUCACCCUCUGAGGCUUAUGGGAUAGGACGCCCCCCUCCCCACCCGCCCGUAACCUCCAGACCUGUAACCCCAGUGACGACUGUGCCAAAUACUGUAGCUGGCGAUUGGAGCGCCGGUCCUGACAUGGGCAGCCCCGGCUGGGAGGUGGGUCCGGCAGGGCCGGUGGAGCCCGUGCUGGAGGCCUUGUGUCCAGAGUGUGGUCAGAUCCACCGGGCCUGGGAAAACCACCUCUAUAACUACCGCCUGGAGGUGGACGAUGACCUGGUGUGUCACAUCUGCCUGCAGCCCCUGGUCCAGCCCCUGGACACACCCUGCGGACACACCUUCUGUGCCCGGUGCCUCCGCAGCUUCCUCCAGGAGCGGGACUUCUGCCCGCUGGACCGGGAGCGCCUCCAUCUGCAGGUGUGUAGGCGGAGCAGCAUCCUGGUACACAAGCUGCUUGACAAGCUGUCUGUGUCCUGUCCCCUGGCCCCGGCCUGCAGCCUCAGCAUGCCCCGCUGUGACCUGGAGGCUCACCUCAAACACAGGUGUCCGGGGACGCGGUCUCAGCAGACCAAUUUACAGGGCCCACCAUGUGAUCACGGGGAGGAGGGAGCCAUGGUGACCAGCCCACCCAGGUCCCCCCACUCCCUCCAGACGGAGACAGACCUGCCAGAGGAGAGCUUCCCCUCGCCCCCUGGUAGCACCGCAGGCAGCAGUGUUCCCAUGUGGACUGAUGAGCCUGGACUGGACAACCCUGCCUUUGAGGAGAGCACUGAGGAGGACAGGGUGGUAGGGUUGGAGUGUGUGGUACCCAGGGUAAAGCGACCCCUCAGUAACCCCUGCAUCCACCUCCUCCGUACCGCCAGCUCCGCCUCCACAGGGUGGGACUGCCCCGAGUCCCCGCCCCUCUCCGCAGAAGAAGGUUGUGUGAAGCUGCCGUCCAUUCCAGAGGGUGAGAUCACCACCAUCGAGGUCCACCGCUCCAACCCCUAUGUAGAACUUGGCAUCAGCAUCGUCGGGGGCAACGAGACACCCCUUAUCAACGUGGUGAUCCAGGAAGUUUACCGUGACGGGGUCAUUGCUCGAGAUGGCAGGCUUCUGGCUGGAGACCAGAUACUACAGGUCAACAGUGUAGACAUCAGCAACGUGCCCCAUAACUUUGCCCGCUCCACGUUUGCACGCCCCUGUGCCAUGCUACACCUCACUGUCCUGAGAGAGCGCCGCUGUGCCUCUCGCCCGCCCCCUUUCACCACCCGUUCUGUGCCUCACGCCCCCUGCUCCACCCCAGAGAGCACCCCAUCCAGCCCUGCCAGCCUGAGGAUCACCCUGCACAAGCGGGACUCGUCAGAGCAGCUGGGCAUCAAGCUGGUGCGGAGGACGGACGAGGUGGGGGUGUUUGUGUUAGACCUGCUGGACGGCGGCCUAGCGGCCAAGGACGGGAGGCUGUGUAGUAACGACCGCGUGCUGGCGGUCAAUGAACAGGACCUACGCCACGGCACGCCUGAACAGGCUGCUCAGAUCAUACAGGCCAGCGGCGAGAGAGUUUUUCUACUGAUUGGCCGGCCCAGUAAGCCUACCCCUCCACCAAGCUCCACUUCCAACAGAGACCUGUACUGCCAUGACCACUUCCUCCCCAAUCACCACCACCACCACCACUAUAGCUUCUCCCCCAGCCCCAGCCCAGUGCCUACCUGUGCCCACCUGGCUCGCUCCAGCACCCACAGAGACCUGUCCCAGUGUGUGACCUGUAAGGAGAAACACAUCACUGUUAAGAAGGAGCCUCAUGAGUCUCUGGGUAUGACCGUGGCCGGGGGGCGGGGCAGCAAGAGCGGCGAGCUGCCCAUCUUUGUGACCAGCGUCCAACCACACGGCUGCCUGUCACGUGAUGGACGAAUCAAACAAGGUGACAUCCUCCUGAGUAUCAAUGGUCAGGACCUGACCUACCUGAGCCACAGUGAGGCGGUGGGCACCCUGAAGGCCAGCGCAGCAUCGCCCUCCGUCCAGCUGAGGGCGCUGGAGGUCAGCAUGGUGGAGGAGCCGGGCCAGGUUCAGAGCCCCGAGGACCAGCUGUUUCCCCCACACCACCACACACACAACUCAGACUACGACUCCUCCUGGUCCCCUUCUUGGGUCUUGUGGCUCGGCCUGCCCAGCUACCUUCACAGUAGCCAUGAGAUUGUUCUGCGUAGAAGUCACCCUGGGAGCUGGGGCUUCAGCAUCGUCGGGGGAUACGAGGAAAACCAUAGCAACCAGGCAUUCUUCAUCAAGACCAUUGUCCUUGGAACGCCUGCAUACUACGAUGGCCGCCUCAAGUGUGGGGACAUGAUAGUGGCGGUUAAUGGACUGUCUACGGCUGGGAUGAGCCACUCAGCCCUGGUACCCAUGCUGAAGGAGCAGCGUAGCAGAGUGGCUCUCACCGUGGUCUCCUGGCCUGGCAGCCUGGCAUAGCAUCAUGCCAUACUGAAAUUACUGUAGACUGGAUCUAACCAGGGCCAAAUCAGGACUGCAUCGAAACCAGGCUAUGGCGCCAAAUCAUACCAUACUGUAAUUGUUUUAGAUUGGACAUACUGUAACCUGGGCCAAAUUACAGACUUCAAACCAGGCUAGAGGAAACCUGGCCCUACUGAGCAAAAUCACUAGAUACUAGGCCGGACUGUGUCAGCCCCACAAACAGACUGUGUUCAUAUGGUCAUGUUAUCGGGACUAUCUGUUAAAGGACAGUACAUAGUCUCUGGACUGCAGUAGAAGAUGCCAAGGGUGUGUUCAGGUGGCUGCAACAGAUAGAAAUUCAUUGCAUAGAACAGAAGAUUCUCUGCCAUGUAGAAUGAUUUAGAUAAGCUCUAGGCCAUGUAUUUCUGUCUGAAACAUUGCUAAGGUUAUCAGGAGAAAAAUGGGAUAAACUUUUCACCUACUCGCUCCAACUGAAUAAACCCAAGGCCUUACUCUGGGGGCCCAAGCCCCCUGGACACAGCAUUAGGCCUCAUCACGAUGACCCAGCCAUCACCUCCCUAGGGUUUCUUGUGGAUUCUGCCAUUUGAUAAAUAUUUUCCACAGAGGGCAUUUGGAGUCAGUUCUUACCCACAUCUGCCUGGCCCCACAGUCAUACUGAAGGAGGAAAACACUGCUAGUGGAAUAAUUUCAGCACCUGGAUGUGUUCAGGGGAGGUAAUAGAUUGCAAAUCCUCUGACUGGGUUCCUUGUAAAUUAUUUCUAUGAAGUUGCUGUUAAAUUGCUCUGCCGUUAUGUUGGGUUAUCCCUGUGCUGUGAGGUGUUUUAUGGUCUUAUCUUCACACCACUGGCUCUGGCAAACAGGCUACGCUAGGCAGUCUGUGGAUCCGGUAGUGGUACUCCAUCCUACUCUUCCUUUCGGCAGGGUUAAUACCAGCCUGGCACCCAAACAAAAUCUUUACCCAUCUAACAAUACGACAAGUUCCAUUGGUGUUGUGAGAACUAUUGGAGUGGUGCAUUUCAAGCACACUGAUGCAAUUUGUUCACCGUCACCAGCCCUCCUACAGAUUGGCCAUUAGUGAACAGGUAGAUCUAGUGGCCGCUUGAACAAUGAGAAGGCAGUCGGCGGCUAGAUCAGGUGGGACCACUAGCCAAUCAGGGCUAGUAAGUGUGAAUAGGCACAAGGCCGAUAGUGGUUUCCUCAGUUUCUGGGAUGCCACAUGGCCUACUUGUAUCCUAAUUAUUAAACUUCUAGUCUAUCAAAUUAGCCAGUCAAUGUGUUUACCAAAUUCACCUCCAUGAAGAAAAUAACCUGCUGGAGAAGACAGAUUUUGGGCCCAGUUCUCACACUUCCCAGGAUGGAACAGACUUGAUAUACUUUGAAAGUAAAUAUCAUGUGCGACACCAUUGGGUAUUUGUAAAGUGUCAUAGUGCAUUACAUAACCAUUAACAGACAAGGAGCCAGCCAUGCAUUGGUGAGGAUUUAUUAGAUAAGUGUUCAAUACAUAAACUGAAAUUCAGCUCUUGAAAACUAACUAAACCGCUUGACAAAUAGCAAAGAAUAGGUUCCUGUUCCACAGGUUUCAGAUUACUACCUCCCCCCAUGGUUCUGAUGGACCAGUCCAGGUUAGAGUAGCCCAAGCUGGUGUUAUGAUGUAGAGUAGCCCAAGCUGGUGUUAUGGAGUUGGUCAGCCAGUCUGCUGGUCUCAGCCUGUGUGGAGGCUGGCCCCAACGUCAUCUUCUGACUCAAAGGCUUGUUCUUUUUAGGGCGCACCUUCUGCAAAAGGAAAAAAAAGCAGUGGUUUAUAAUAUUACAUGUAGUGAUGUUAUUAAUCCUCCAUAUACCCAACAAUACCAGCGUUUACCUGCAGCUUUUUCCUCUCUGGGUCAUGAACCACUCGGUGUAGUCUCAAACUCUCCUAAGGAAUAUAAAAACAUUUAGUUUAACACCAAAUAUUCCACUCAGACUGAUUGAGUUCUGCAAAACUAUUUGCGAAGUGACAGGAUACCAUAUUGUAACUUGAGUCUUGUCCCAUGAGUUCACCUGCAUAGCGAAGCGCUUGCCACAGCCUUCGUGGGUACAGGAGAAUGCCAUCUUGCCCUCAUGGUCUGACACAACGUGGUUCUCCAGUUUGAAGUGGGUGGUAAAGGUCUUCUCACACCCAGCGUCGGCGCACUGGAACACCCUCUUGGGCACACCAGAGUGGACCCGCAGCUGGUGCUGCUUCAAAAACCAUGCCUCCAGGAACAUCUUACUGCAGCCAUCACACUGUAGCUUGACUUAACACAGAACCGAUGAAGACUUUACAAUUGGAUCAGUUUAAAAUCUAUAUAAUAAUUAAUGACCACGUGAGAGGAUCACAAGACAUGCAAAGGGAUGAGUUGCAGCAUGGUCAAGAGGGUGGCAGUGUUGGUGUUUGAGGGCCUACAUACUUCUGUGCACAGCCUUCCUGUGCUUCUGAUACUCUGACCAAGUCUUCCCCUGGAAUGGACAGUCCUCCACAGCACAGGGGUAACCUGGGAAAGAGAAAUGGCUAGAUAAAAAUGUAUGAAACAUCCACAGGACCUCUGAUAAGACUUGAGAUGGGUAUGUGGCAUGUGUAGGGCUCACCUUGGUAUACUUUCUCAUGGGUAUGUGGCAUGUGUAGGGCUCACCUUGGUAUACUUUCUCAUGGGUAUGUGGCAUGUGUAGGGCUCACCUUGGUAUACUUUCUCAUGGGUAUGUGGCAUGUGUAGGGCUCACCUUGGUAUACUUUCUCAUGGGUAUGUGGCAUGUGUAGGGCUCACCUUGGUGUACUUUCUCAUGGCGCUUCAGUUCUCCGGGAGCAGCAAAUUCUCUCUUACAGCCCUCAAAGAUGCACCUAUGGGAAAGGGUCAGAGUUCAGCCUGAUGUGGUAGCAUCUACAUUCUCUUGUAGAGGCCAGUGUGUUAUACUUACGGAAAAGGCAGCAGCUGUGUGUGUUUAAUCUGGUGUGUUUUGAGUUGGUUCUUCUUAUUGAACUCCAUCCCACAGUGCACAUGGUCACACUAGAACAUAAUUUACAAACCUUCGAAUUAAAAUUAGCAGGAGGACCAUUUGUCGUUGUCCAACAUUACCUUCACUAUUCCUCCAGCCACACCUGGAGGUGGAAGUCUCUAGGCAUUCAGAAUCUCGUGUUCACCCAUCAACUGUUUCAGAACAGUGUCAAAUGAAACCGGAGGCAACAGGGUGAUGAAUGUGGAACUCUGUUUAGCCGUGUCAUGAAGACGUGGCGGUGCAUUCAACCAUGUAGGCAAUGCCAUGCACAUAAACGUUGCUUGUCUGUCAUUAAUGUUGUUACAAUUUUUCCCCCCCACAUACUCUGCAUGUUGUCUGGUGUUGGUCAUUCAGCUGGUUGAAAUUAGACAAACUAACCACAGGAAAAUAUUACAGGCAAAACACAGGUCUACUUCUGUGGCAAGAUGUCUGCCUAUGACCAAAGGCAAGUGCACAAGACUACAUGCACACAUACUAACAGAUGUUUACAAAGUUUAGAGCAUGGGCUUCAGUGCUGGUGCUCUAAAUAAAACUCAAAUUUCAAGCAGCAGUAGAAUAAAUUCAAAUGUAAAUUCAUUAAACAUUCUGGCUUAUGGAAAAUGUCCACGAUUUUUGCAGAGCUUUGUUUCAGACUUAACCAAGUGGUAUCAGUGAUUCAUUAGGUGCGUCAGUCUGACUUCGGUUUUGCCAACCUUAUAGUGCUUCUCCUGGUGCUGGUGAAUGCGAGCUAUGUGAUUCUUCAUGCUGGCAUGUGUGACAAAGGCCUCGGAGCAUCCUGCAGCCUGACAGCUGCAGACGCACAGAAACAGAUGAGUGACCGGAGGGAAGCUUGGAAGAGGAAUAAUGAUUUGCAUGACUCAGAGCACAAUGGGUUAGCACUACUACUCAAGUUCAUUCAGAAACAUUUGGUUCAAAACCAUUUACAACUAAACCCUAGCUUUGGUGCUAGUUUUUACUUUAGCCAACUGACUGUCCACCAAAUCACUUGGAAAGGCAACAAUUUACAUUGAAGGCAGGAACAUCCAUACAGGCUAAUACACAACCGGUCAUUGACCGUGAACCAUUGCCCUAUAGGAUAGUGAAGCUUCAUACUCACGUGUAUGGCUUCUCUCCACUGUGGCUCAGCCCGUGUCUGGUGAGCUGGUAGCGGGUACAAAAGCUCUUGUCACAGUUCUCGCACGAGAAGGGUUUCUGUCAAAGAGAAAUGUGACCAAGUAACAAAACAAUAUAGUACGCGUUUCUGGCCGCAGACAUUAAUUCACAUUCAGUUGUAUUUCACUUACGUCAAUAGGCUCAUUCUUUCUGAUUAACAAAUGUUAAAUUCAGUACAUAGAUCUGAUCUGGACCAUCUGUUGAAAGAUGCCAGCUGGGCAGGAUAGGUACUCACCAAACCUGUGUGCUUGCAAAGAUGGGCAUCUAAUUUCCAUGAUUUAUUGAAGGUGGCAUUGCAGUUGACAAAAGAACAAAUAAAGCUUCUUUGGACUUGAA